CUGGGAGUAAACGUGCGGUACGUGGUAACACUUCCAGGGUUGUGCUUCGGUCGUGAGAAAACUAAGAUGGCGUCUCGUCAAGAAAGAUAGGAUGGCUUGAAGAGAGUGAUGAUGUUGGUCGAGGGAAUUAUUGAUAGAGACAUUAAGUGAUAACGUUUGAGACUUUCGUACACCAUCAAACAAACCUCCGCCAUCCAGAGCGGAGUUAUAUGGAGAACUGAGGCUGGAAAACGUUCAACUUUUAGCUAGCAGUGUUAGCUAGCCAACUGGACCCGUUUUAUUUCCAGCGUUCAUCACAACAACAGAGGAAGGAGAGCGACCAGCAGCCCUGUCAUUACCCGGGACAUCGAGGUGUCUUCGGGGCAAUGGAAGGGGAAGAGUUUGUUCCUCCUCCGGAGUGUCCAGUGUUUGAGCCGUCAUGGGAGGAGUUUCAGGAUCCUCUGGGCUACAUCGCCAAGAUACGUCCAAUCGCAGAGAAGUCUGGAAUCUGCAAAAUCCGACCUCCACAAGACUGGCAACCUCCGUUCUCAGUGGAGCUGGACACCUUUCGCUUCACACCCCGCAUCCAGAGGCUUAACGAGCUGGAGGCGGAGACCAGAGUGAAGCUGAAUUAUUUGGACCGCAUCGCCAGGUUCUGGGAGGUCCAGGCGUCCUCGUUGAAGAUCCCUCACAUUGAAAGACGCAUCCUUGAUCUUUUCGCGCUGUCGAGGAUUGUGACGCAUGAAGGGGGUUUUGAGAUGGUGUGUAAGGAGCGGCGCUGGGCUCGUGUUGCUCAGAGGCUCGGUUACCCUCCGGGGAAGAACAUCGGCUCUCUGCUGCGCUCGCACUUCGAGAGGAUCGUCUACCCCUUCGAGAUGUUCCAGUCUGGCUCCAGCUUGCCGAAUUACAAGCCGAAGCACUACGACGGAGAGGAGGUGGAUAAAGAGUACAAGCCUCACUCCAUCCCGCUGCGACAGUCUGUGCAGCCGUCCAAGAUGAGCAGCUACGGACGCAGAGCUAGCCGCUGCCAGCCCGAUGGUCCAGAGGAUCUGGCCCCCCAUCCUCUCACCACUGGCUCUCAGCUCAUCUCUGCGCCUGAACCCACAGAGGAGGACAUCGAGAAGAACCCAGAGCUGAAGAAGCUGCAGAUCUACGGCGCCGGGCCCAAGAUGAUGGGCCUCGGACUGAUGGCGAGGGAGAAAGGCCUCCGAAAGAAAGACGAGCCGCCUCAAACCAUAAAGGAAAGCGUGUCUCCUGCUCCCGGUGAUACUUCGGUCAAAACCGAGACACUAGAGCCUCAGGAAGAGAAGAAGAGUGACGGGAGCACAUCGAGCCCACAACCCCCUCCUCAGACUGUCCCCGUUAAGGCUGAAGUGAAGACGGAAGAACCAGGAGAGGAAGAGGUGGAGGAGGAAGGAGGGAAAGGGAAGGGGAAAUAUGAGGAGGGAGCCAAAGCAAAAGGACCUUUUCCAAAAAUGAAAAUGAGGCUCCGAGGCAACCUCAACAACCCGCAGUGUGUGGACUCUUUUGUGUGUCGGAUGUGUGGUCGCGGAGACGAUGACGAUAAACUGUUACCGUGUGACGGCUGCGACGAUAACUACCACACCUUCUGCCUGCUGCCCCCCCUCACUGAUCUUCCUAAAGGCAACUGGAAAUGCCCGAAAUGUGUAGCAGAGGAGUGCAAGAAACCUGCAGAAGCAUUCGGCUUCGAACAGGCGACACGAGAGUACACCCUGCAGAGUUUCGGGGAAAUGGCGGACGCCUUCAAAGCAGACUACUUCAACAUGCCUGUCCAUAUGGUUCCCACGGAGCUGGUGGAGAGGGAGUUCUGGAGGCUGGUGAGCAGCAUCGAGGAGGACGUGGUGGUGGAGUACGGAGCGGACAUUCACUCCAAAGAGUUCGGCAGCGGCUUCCCCAUGGACAACGGCAAGAAGACGCUCACAAAGGAAGAGGAGGAGUAUGCUCGCAGCGGCUGGAACCUGAACGUGAUGCCGGUGCUGGAGCAGUCGCUGCUGUGCCACAUCAACGGAGACAUCUCUGGGAUGAAGGUGCCCUGGCUGUACUGCGGGAUGGUGUUCUCCGCCUUCUGCUGGCACAUCGAGGACCACUGGAGCUACUCCAUCAACUACCUGCACUGGGGGGAACCGAAGACGUGGUACGGGGUUCCCUCUGUGGCGGCGGAGCGUCUGGAGGCCGUGAUGAAGAAGCUGACCCCGGAGCUGUUUGAGUAUCAGCCUGACCUCCUGCACCAGCUGGUCACCAUCAUGAACCCCAACAUCCUCAUGUCUCACGGCGUACCGGUUGUUCGCACGAACCAGUGUGCGGGAGAGUUCGUCAUCACGUUCCCCAGAGCGUACCACAGCGGCUUCAAUCAGGGAUACAACUUUGCUGAAGCUGUUAACUUCUGCACUGCAGACUGG